AUGCCGAAUGCUAGCAACCUUGGUGAUGAUAUGCAAGUUGACAUGCCUCAAACAAAAAGAGCUCGAAUAACGUCGCAAGGCAAUGGUGUUGUCGAAAGUACUGAAACUGAUUGGCUUAACGUAGUUCUCAAUAAGCAAGAGGUGGAUCCUAGUUGUGAUGCCUGGGAUUGCUACUUCCAAGACUCUCAGGUGCCAAAACAUAAGGCUCCUAAUUCUGGUAUUACCUUCGCUACUCCUUUCGUCUUCAAGCCUGUAAAUCCGGCCCAGGGUUUUCCAACUAGUGAUUCACCCAACUCUUCUCGAAGACAAGAAUCUUUAUUCUCUUCAAACUAUCCGUCUUUCUCUGCAAAUACUUUAUCCGAAGACCAAGUCGGCAAGAUAGUUGAGAUUCUUGGUGUUGUGUUGGAAGGAAUAAGGAUGGAUAUAUGGAGAACUGUCCUAAAUUCAAAUAAAGAUCAUUUAAUACCCCCAAGCUUUAUCCGCGAGUUUAAUAAGCUUGUGAACGAGUCUUCUUGCACACAAUCCACAAACAAUAAACCCCCUCUCAUAAAAUCCGUAGAACAUUUACGUUCCAUCUUUUCCCCUUCAAACACUUCUAUCACAUUAUCUUCCGAUACAGAAUUAUACAGCCACAUAUUUAAUUUUUAUUGCCAGAUGGCUGCUUUUUUAACUGUGAUCCAUUUGUUUUUUGAUAUCAUCGUUAUGGAUUUUUUAUGUGAGCGCGAAGAAGGACAGCUUACAAGACGUUUAUCAAUAGAAAAGUUCAUGAACAUUUUUGAUGAUGCAGACAAUUUUUUAUUAUAUCACACCUCACCUGUUGAGAUAGAACCAAAUAAUAGUGAUCUAGAAGCUUUCUUUUGGUAUUACCGUGGAGUUAUACUACCUCAAACUCAAUAUCAUUGUGAACUUUCGGACCGUUUUAGAAAAUUAUCAAUUUAUUUCUCUUCAUUAGACAUUACUGAAUCUAUAUUAUCAAUGUUUUAUACAAAGCAUUUCUUAAACGUGUUCGCAAAAGAACAUCAAAAGGAUCACGGUCAAUUUUACACUCCGAGGGAGGUUAUGAGGUUCAUGUGGGAUCGUGUUUUACUAGGUAGAGGAACUGGUACAUGGAUUGAAAAACUUCUUAGAGGUUCUUUUCAAUCAAAUAAUAAUGUCAUGAGCUAUUCAAUUAAUCAAUCCUCGAUCGUGUCAUCUUCUUGGUGCACUUAUCCUCAAGCUCCAAGUGUUCUGGAUCCUUGUAUGGGAAUAGGAUCUUUUCUUUGCGAGUUUAUACAACGUAUAACUCUUGCUGCACAACAAUGUCCUUCAGUGUGGCAUGAUUCAAAAGCUGUUUCCCAUCUUAUUCAAUCUUUAACCGAAAAUAUUUGGGGUAUAGAAAUCGACGCGUUCGCGUUUCACCUUUGCAAACUUAACAUAACGAUACACAUGUUACCACUUUACAAACGCUUCGUUCAACUUUCCUACUCUAAUGAAAUUAAAUUACCUCGUUUACAUCUUUUUUGUAAUGAUACUUUAAAUUUAUAUCUUCCAAAACGAGAACUCACGUGGGAAUAUGAUAACUUAUGGUUACUGCGUUCUCCUCAACGUCUUAAAUUUGAUUAUAUAGUAACUAAUCCUCCUUAUAUGAUUCGAAAGACUGGAUUCAUAUCAGAGCCUGACAGUGAACUAUUUGAUGAACGAGUGUUGGGUAAAGGUGGCAUGCAAGCUUAUGCUUACUUUUUCUGGUUUUGUGUCGAAAGAUGCCGGGAAGAGGCUGGGGAAAUCUGCCUUAUUAGUGCUAGUCAAUGGAUGGGCCUAGAAUUUGCUGAUAAAUUGAGAGCAUGGUUAUGGCAGAAAUGUCAUCUUGUAGAAUUCUUUCAAUUUGAGCCAUUCAAAGUUUGGCGAAAAAUACAAACCGACUCCUUGAUAUUCCGUCUUCGUCGUCGUAGUGAAUCUUUAUCCACUAAUAGCUUAAUUCCAAGGCCUCCUAUUACUUCAGAACCAUCAACCAUAUUUUUACGAUAUAUGAAUCGUAAAGCAACAUUACAGGAGACUCUUAAAGCUUAUGCAAACUUUAAUCCGAACAAUACACCUUUCGAUAAAGAUAUGCAUUGUAAAAUAACUCCACCUUAUCCACACACAAUUCUUCCUUCUCCUACAAGUUCUUACUCAUUUACGUUCCUAAUGCCUACCUCCGCUGUUAGCGCAUAUCUUCAUUCGAUAACAGCACAUCUUCCUUCUCUUUGUGAUCAUUCAAGUAUGAAACCAACAUGGCUUGAAUGUAACCCUUUGAUUUGGCAUAGAGGACCAAAUACCAAUCCAGUAUAUGCACUCGUUGUUCGAACGUCAUGGGCAUAUUCUAAAUUUGGUAAAGAAGUAUGUAGACGAUGGUUACGACCAGUUUUUUAUUGGAAUGGAAAAAAUGGAGGAAAAGAAGCAGAAUUUUGGCAAAAAAUGGGUGAUGAACUUCGACUUGAAAAAAAGGAAAGUUCUCCUGCAGAAGCUUAUGUGCCUUUUCUUUCAUAUAAUUCUUGUGGUUCUACCAUAUCAAAAGAUGGACUAGAACAAGAAAAGUCCAUGUAUUCUUUGAUAAUGGUGGAUCGUGAUGCAGUAGAUAAAGUUCGUAAAGAUUUUGGUGAGACUAGUGAAUUUUGGAUUUACCUUAAAGAAGCUCGAAAAUAUUUACAAACUAGCAUGACUUCACGAGAAGUCGCUUAUUGUGGCACUAGUAAAUGCGGGAUUGAUAUCCGUACGAAGAUAAUUCACCCUAUAAACUACGGUUAUUUCUCUAAAAAUCAGCCACGUCAGCGAUUUUUUAUCGAUGAAGAUAAUGUGUGUGUAACCAACCAGUCGACAACAGGACUUCCUCCCCAUUUCUUUCUUGGUCUCCUUAAUUCGACCACCAUUCAACACUUUCUAUCACAUCAUUGUAAAUACGAUCAACAAGGAAGAAUGAGACUUUUCCGUGAAAAUAUGGCAAAAAUACCAUACGCAGCACCAACCAAUCGUGAUGGAAUUGAUUGGUUCAUUAGAUGCACACAAAAAAUGAUAAUAGUUCGUCAAAUGUUAUACGAGGGGAUUGGAACAUGUGAAGAUGAAGAAAAAGUUGGAGGAGCAGUGGUUGAAAAAUUAAGAAGAGGAACAUGGCAAUUGACAGGUCGUGAAUGGCAAGAAAAAGAAAGUGAUGCAUAUAAUAAUGAAACGAGUGUUGUUUUAAGGGAAGAACAAGAAGGAAAUUGGGUUAUGGUUAAACAAUGCCGUGGUAGAGAAGAAAGCCUUGAUUAUUCGUUAUGUCCAGAAUUUGAAGAUGAACAAGAAGCCAGACAGUCAACCGAAUGUUAUAAUAAAUAUUCUUCUUCAACUGGAAUGUCCGUGGUGAAUGAACUUCGAGCUACAAGAGGGAAUAUAACGAGAACCCACUUCCUAAAACCAUUUUUUGAAUCUCUCUUGCAUGCUUCAGCUUGUCUUCAAUACGGAAUAGAUCAAUAUGCUUACUCAAUAUAUGGGAUAGAUGCAAAAUUUCAAAUUGCUUUAGAAGAGGAAUUAAAAAUCGAAAAUUUCGAUAUAAUAAUUACCAAAUUCCCCCGAUGGAACGGUAACAUAAGUAAUAGUCACGGUGAAGCGGAAACAAGAGGAAUUAUGCCCGAGUGGGGUGAAAGGCUCUUACUAGAAGUCGACCAAGCGAUUAAAGGAGGUGAGAAUCUGUUACGUCAGAAAAGAGGGCCCAUAAUUAACCGAAAUUGA